GACCGUUGUCAUUUGAAACUGCGCGGCGGGUGGUUGACGCUUUCAUAGAUUUGAAGUAAAACAAAUGCGAACACAGAGGCACAUACACUCUAGAGUUCGUAGUCGAGAAUUUAGGCAAGAGCAUUAAGAAAAUGACAAGCACUUUGAAAGGAAUCACUCUUAAAGGAAGUGCAGAGCUGGUGGCGGAAUUUUUCUCAUUUGGAAUUAACAGCAUCCUCUACCAACGGGGCAUUUAUCCUCCAGAGACAUUUACAAGAGUAACUCAAUAUAAUAUGAGCCUUCAACUCACAACUGAUGCGAAAUUAAAGACGUACCUGACCAGUGUGGUGUCUCAACUCAAAGAGUGGCUUUUUGACUGCACAGUACAGAAGCUGGUGUUGGUCAUUACGUGUCUUGAAACCAAUGAGGUGCUGGAGAGAUGGCAAUUUGACAUUGAAUGUGACAAGUCGGCCCCAGAUGGCAGAGCUUCCAGAGAGAAGUCCGUUAAAACCAUUCAAGAUGAGAUCCGCUCUGUCAUCAGACAAAUAACAGCUACAGUUACUUUCCUGCCACUCCUAGAGACACCUUGUGCAUUUGACCUGCUGGUCUACACAGACAAGGACCUGGUUGUUCCGGAGAAGUGGGAAGAGUCUGGGCCGCAGAUCAUUGACCAGUCAGAGGAGGUGCGUUUACGUUCCUUCACCACCUCCAUCCACAAAGUGAACAGCAUGGUGGCAUACAAGAGGACUGACUCGGUUUAAACCUCAAACCCUAUUACCAACCACUGCCGAUUAUAGAGUCCAGUGAAUCUUAGCAUCCUGUCCUUCCUCAUUUCCUGCACACAAGGGAACGGCUUUCUUUUCUUAAUCUUCUCAUCUCAUUUGGCAGAGAAUGAUGUAAAGAAUUCUCUAUCUGCAUUGAUGUAAAUAUUUGUAAGCUUAUAUUUCUACUUUGUCAGAAGCUGUCUUUUCUUUAUAGUUCUGGUUUCUGAGGUUGCUAAUCUUUUAGAAUAUGCUUCUUUAUAGUCCAGCUUUUAAUAAUUGUUCGAAAUAAAUCUAUGGUACUUUUCACCAAUAGAAUUUUCUUGUAUUUUUGUGAUAUAUAUUUUUUUCUUUUUAUUGGAAUGUGCCAGUACAUACAACAUAUAUAGACUGAAAUGCUGUUCACCCGGCCCAUAAUGGAACACUUUUGCAGCCCAAAAAAUUAUUUUCUCAGGCGAAGUUCUUACUUUGCUCAGUGUUCAAUCGUGUUAAAAGAUGGAGGUCAGAAAAAUUUAUUUGACAACACUAUAUUAGGACUAUACAGGAACUUUAUGAUGGUCUUACAUGAAAAUUAGAAAAUUCUGACCUUUCAGGUGUAAGGUUUCAUGAUGUAAAAGAAGGUAAAACAAAGUUGUUGUUUUUUCAGACGUGCACAUUUAAAUCAUUCUGCAAUAAAAGCUAUAUACAGAUUUGUUCAUUAGAGAGUCACUUCAUUUUAGGUCAUGACCUAAUUUUUAACUGCAUU